AUGUUUCAUCUGGGAAGCUUGAGCGUCGACAUUCGCGCUGCUGGUUUGCUGGAGGCUGGCUUUCUGGCAGGACCGUGGGGUGAGUGCCUCGCGGAGGCCACGGUUCGUGAACAUGCGGAAACCAACCAAGGCCAGGCUGGACAGGUCAUCGAUUUCUUAGACCGCUGUGGCCACCGGCGCUUUGGCAAAGCGGCGGACAAGCUGGAAAGGGCAACCCACAAAGUGAUGAGAAAGGGAGGAUUUCAUGCCUGCCCGCCUUCGGAGAUGGACCCUCAGGUGUGGGGUCGCACAAGGCAAUUGCCAAUCGGCGUCCAGGCAAUAACCGAAGCUCCACGACAGAGGUCGGGAUAUCCCGUCGCGCGCAGCUCGAGCAGUUCCAGUAGCUCCAGCAGCUCGGGCAGCUCCAGCAGCUCAAGCUCGGGCAGCUCCAGCCGAUCAAGCUCAGCCAGUUCAGAACAUCGCCUCGAUCCUGAGACAAAGUCCUUGUGUCGAAGUGCAGCACCCGAGGGCAGGAUAGAUGUGAUGCUGGAGAAACACGUUUCGCAACUUCCACUGGACGUAGUUGCGGAGAUUUCAAAGAGAGGUGCCACUAUCAGCUCCGCGGUUCGCCUAAAAAGCAGCUUUCACUCGACAUGGCUCGUUGAAGUCGAGCCAUUCCUGCAGGAUCAGAAAAGACACACCCGUGUCAUCGUACAGAUCUUGGGGGCGGAGGUUGGAGAUCAUGCGUUGAGCUUCGUCAUCUCGGCAAAGCAGAUAGACAAGGCCAUGCAGCUGGCACGCCGCGCAGGGCUUCGAGUUCCGGAUGUCAUCCUGACUGGUUCGUGCGAAACCGAGAUCGGAAAUCUGGAUUUCAUUGUGCAGGAAUUCAUUAUCACACAAACCGUAGAGGACAUUGUGAAGGCGCCUCGCAAAGAGUGGCAUCGCAUGGAAUGUGAGAUCCUGACAGCACUUAAGAGAGCACCGAUUGUGGAUCCAAAUGACGCUGCCCCCAUGUUGUACUUGAACAGCCUGGACAAGUACUUGCUUUGGCUACGUGAUUUGGUGCCACCAAAGCUUACAGACAUUGUCAAGGCUUUGGAUGAUUUCCGGCGUGAUUGCCCCUCAGCAGGACCUUCACCUGCGAUUCUCAUGCACCAGGACAUCAACAACGGAAACCUCCUUGCUUCCAAAGUGGAUGAGGCACAAUGGAAGUUGGACGCCGUGAUUGAUUGGGAGACGGCUGCCGUGGGACCAUCAGAGCUUGCUGAGCGCCCGAUGCAGGAGCAGUGGCGAACUGCGCUGGCUUUUGGAGAUGUUGUGAAGGACAUGACACGAGUGACGCGGUAG